AUGUCAAGCCAUCGCUAUCUCUCCCCCAGCCGUGGACGGCACACUUUGAUUGAUCCGAUGCGGGCAUCGACCGGCACGGUUCAGACGGGAUCCUCCUACGAUCCUUAUGAUGCCCCUCGGCGCCACAAUUAUGACGAUUACCCCUCCGACACGGGCUACGCCAGUGCCUACGGGUAUCGUCCAGCGCGGGCAUCGACGCUCGAGGCCCACCCUGUUUCGACCCAUCGUGUUCAUGAUGCGACUGCAUCCGCCAAGAAACGAACCGAGUACAGCGUCCAGCCCACCAGGCACAGAAGCAACACAGCCUCCGCUGCGGAAUUCACACCCCACGUACGCCGAGUGGCACCUGACACAUCUCGCCAUCAUCUCUCCCCCGUGCAACAUUCCAUCCAACGGCGCUCUCCAAGUCCUCUUCCUUCGGCGUCAGAGCCUCAUGUAGUGACUGCUUCGCCUCGACACCCCGCACACCGCCGGCUAUACAGCACCGAUUACGCCAGUGACCAUGGACGACGUGACCCGCGAGACGAUGGGAAACAUCGCACAGCCCACAGCUCAUCUAGACACCACCCGCCAUCCUAUUCAAGACGUCACCCAGCUUACGACGGAUUGAGAAAAGGCGACGACAUUGAUGACUUCGAUGCUUACUCUUAUACAACACCUCGCGAACAAUUCGACCGUGACUACCCGGUCAAGCCUCGCACCCGCAGCUCCAGAUACUCGCUUGAUCGGCCGAUGAGUAUCUCCGGGAUGGAGGACAGUCCCCAGUGGGUGGCCCGCAAAGAACGUCCUCGCGGCCCUCCCCCUACUUCCUGGGGCUUCGACAAGAUUCCACAUCAGCGGGAACGAAGCUCAACACGCAAAAGUCACGACCAUCGCAACACGCAUGGAUCAAAAGAAGAAAUUCACGACCAGGCCCUGGUUGCCGUGCCGCACGAUUCUGACGAAGAGUAUCUCCCUCGUCAUGAGCGCUCCCACCGCCGUCACCGCAGACACCAUGAGAGCGACCGAGGCCACCGUUAUGCGGAUCACUCACCAAACCCGCACGAUAGCAGCGGUCUCGUCGCCCCUCUCGCCACCAUGGGUCUUGGAACCGCUGCUUUGGGCGGUGGCUAUUCCGACGUCGAAGAUUUCGAUCGUCACCGCCCGUCAAGACGCGUGCACAGACGUGGUCAUGAUGAUCGUGAUGGCCAUGGCCCCGACCCUACACAGACCUCGUCAAGGGACCUGGUGACAGCAGCCCCAGGCGCUGAAAAGAACAGCCAAAACUACCUGGAUCCAGAGGAGGCCCAUCGCCACGGUCGGCGACGACGUUCUCGUUCCCGACGUCGAACACACCACAACGACGCGGAGACUUCCGACGAUGACUUGCAAAAAUAUAGACGAGAGGCUGCUGCACCGGCCCAGCCUCGCUAUGGUAACAGUAGCACCGAUACCUUUGACAGCGAGCAUGACCACGGCCGUGACCGCUCGCGGCAUCGCAGGCCUCGGGACCACUCGCGUGGAUAUCACAGGUCUCGCUCCCGCCACCGUCUCCUUGAAGACGGCACAUCCAGCGAGCCCCGCCGGUCGCCGCCGAAUGAUAUAACUAAAGACGACUCUCGGAGGGUUGUAGCGGUUGAGCCGCCCGCUGCGCCCAAAGAACCCGAGGCGGUGCCUCCAAAGGGAAUUCUGAAGGCGCCCCGUCCAGCCUUCCCGGAAGAACCGAAUCCUGUCAGGGAGGGAGUAGCUCCUCUCAAGGACGCCACAAAAGAAGGCAUCCCUCCAGGCGCCCGCUGGACUAAGAUCGACCGACGCUUAGUGAACCCUGAGGCCCUCGAAGCGGGCAACGAGAGAUUCGAGGAGAGGUCAGACUACGUGAUUGUCUUGAGGGUGUUGAGUAAGGAGGAGAUCCAGCUCUACGCGGUGAAGACACAGGAAAUCAGAGACACCCGACACAGGGAGCAAGCUCGCGAGAGGCGCAAGUCCCGAGACGAGACUCAGCGCCACGGCCGCCACGGAGAGGAAUCAUCCAGCGACGAUGAAGACGAGGGUGAUGAUGAGCCGAAGCAGCUCGAAGCACCCCAUAAUCCCGAUGAGUGGCGCCCAGUCCUGCCAGAGCGUCCACGAGAAACAACUCACUCGGCACCGGAUGGUCAGCGCCCAAGAAUGGCGGUCCCGUCUGCCACUCCUGCAUAG